GGCACAUGGUUCGCCUGAAUCGCCUCUCGCUGGGAGGAGGAUCUGCGCGGCCGCGGCACACAGCUCGUAGCCGAAACCGCAGGCCGCAGCAAGCGAGGGCCCAGCCAAGCGGCGGCGACCCUCCUCCGGCCGCAAGGACCAUGGACUCCUCGCCACAGCCGUCGCCUCCCACCGGAGGCGACCCGGAGGCGCCGGCGGAUACCGAGCUCCCCAGGCUCACGGUGACGCAGGUGGAGCAGAUGAAGGUGGAGGCGAGGGUUGCCGACAUCUACCGCGCCCUCUUCGGGGCCGCGCCCAACACGAGGUCCAUCAUGCUAGAGCUGUGGCGUGACCAACAUAUCGAAUAUCUGACGCAUGGGCUGAGGCAUCUUGGGCCAGCCUUUCAUGUUCUUGAUGCCAAUCGUCCUUGGCUGUGCUACUGGAUGGUUCACCCACUUGCUUUGUUGGAUGAAGUACUUGAUGAUGAUCUUGAGGAUGAUAUCGUGGACUUCUUAGCUCGUUGUCAGGAUAAAGAUGGUGGAUAUGGUGGUGGACCUGGACAGUUGCCUCAUCUAGCUACGACUUAUGCUGCUGUAAACACGCUUGUGACUAUUGGGAGUGAAAGAGCACUGUCAUCAAUAAAUAGGGAUAACCUGUACAAGUUUAUGCUUCGAAUGAAAGAUGAAUCAGGUGCUUUCAGAAUGCAUGAUGGUGGUGAAAUUGAUGUCCGGGCUUCAUAUACCGCUAUAUCGGUGGCCAGCCUUGUGAACAUUCUCGAUGUUGAACUGGCAAAAGGUGUUGGGGAUUUCAUAGCAAGAUGUCAAACUUAUGAAGGUGGUAUUGCUGGGGAGCCUGAUGUUGAAGCUCAUGGUGGGUACACGUUCUGUGGGUUGGCUGCUUUGAUCCUGCUUAAUGAGGCAGAGAAACUUGACUUGCCUAGCUUGAUCGACUGGGUGGCGUUUCGUCAAGGAGUGGAAUGUGGAUUUCAAGGAAGAACUAAUAAAUUGGUUGACGGUUGCUACUCCUUUUGGCAGGGAGCUGCCAUUGCUUUAACACAAAAGCUAGUUAUGAUUGUUGAUGAACAACUGAAAUCAUCAUAUUCCUGCAAAAAUCCAUCAUGGGAUGAUGCAUGUGGUACCACUUCAUCUGGGUGCACUUCAGAAAAAUCUUCUUCUGAUGUGGAUUAUGCAAAGUUUGGAUAUGAUUUUGUACAACGGAGCAACCAAGUUGGCCCACUGUUCCACAACAUUGCCCUGCAACAAUACAUCCUGCUUUGUGCUCAGGUACUAGAGGGAGGUUUGAGGGAUAAGCCUGGAAAGAACAGAGAUCACUACCACUCAUGCUACUGCCUCAGUGGCCUCUCAGUUAGCCAGUACAGUGCCAUGACUGAUUCCGAUUCAUGCCCCUUACCGCAGCAGGUGCUCGGCCCAUAUUCAAAUUUGCUGGAGCCGAUCCACCCACUCUACAAUGUUGUACUGGAUAAAUAUCAUACAGCCUAUGAGUUCUUUUCAAAAGAGUGAUCAGAGUGUAGGAUUUUAGAGCAAAGUUGGCUAGGCAUAUUGUGUGAUUGUAUUGUUUGCACGGAUAGUAUUGGCCACAAGUACUGUGACAUUAUAUUCGAUAUACAUACCUUAGUCGUGUUCUAUCAGGCUAUUUGUAUGCUUGGUCAGUUGCAUUGCCUGGUUUAGAUGAUCUCGUCUCAAUUUAUGUUAUUGGCUUUUUUUAGUGUUGGUA